AUGCCAAAGGAAAAAUAUGAUCCUCCAGAUCCUCGCAGAAUUUACACCAUCAUGUCAGCGGAAGAGGUAGCCAAUGGGAAGAAGUCGCACUGGGCUGAAUUAGAGAUCUCGGGUAGAGUGCGGAGCUUAAGUACGUCGCUUUGGUCGCUGACGCACUUGACUGCUCUGCACCUCAAUGACAAUAAUCUUACUCGCAUUCCACCUGAUAUUGCCAAGCUUCAUAACCUGGUUUACCUGGAUCUGUCAUCCAACAAACUCAGAAGUUUACCAGCAGAACUAGGAAACAUGGUAUCUCUCAGGGAAUUGCUUUUAAAUAACAAUCUGUUACGGGUUUUGCCUUAUGAACUUGGACGGCUCUUCCAGCUACAAACCCUAGGUUUGAAAGGCAAUCCUUUAUCACAAGAUAUUCUCAGCCUCUACCAGGAUCCGGACGGAACUCGAAAGCUACUGAACUACAUGCUUGACAAUCUAGCAGUUCAUCCAGAGCAGCUGCCUCCAAGGCCAUGGAUUACUUUAAAAGAACGAGACCAAAUUCUGCCCUCAGCUUCAUUCACAGUUAUGUGUUACAAUGUCUUGUGUGAUAAAUAUGCCACCCGGCAGCUCUACGGCUACUGCCCGUCUUGGGCGCUCAACUGGGAGUAUAGAAAAAAGGGAAUCAUGGAAGAAAUCGUCAACUGUGAUGCAGAUAUCAUUAGCCUUCAGGAAGUGGAAACAGAGCAAUACUUCACCCUUUUUCUGCCAGCCUUGAAAGAACGAGGAUACGAUGGAUUCUUUUCUCCAAAGUCACGUGCCAAAAUCAUGUCGGAGCAGGAGAAGAAGCAUGUGGAUGGCUGUGCAAUAUUCUUCAAAACUGAAAAAUUUACGCUGGUGCAGAAGCAUACAGUGGAGUUCAACCAAGUGGCGAUGGCUAACUCCGAAGGUUCAGAAGCUAUGUUAAACAGAGUGAUGACAAAGGACAACAUCGGAGUUGCCGUGGUGUUAGAGGUGCACAAGGAGUUAUUUGGAGCAAGUAUGAAAUCACUUCAUGUGGACAAACAGCUGCUUAUUGUGGCCAACGCCCACAUGCACUGGGACCCCGAAUACUCGGACGUGAAGCUCAUUCAGACUAUGAUGUUUGUCUCGGAACUGAAAAAUAUCCUCGAGAAAGCCUCAAGCAGGCCCGGUAGCCCAACAGCAGAUCCUAACUCUAUCCCUCUGGUGCUGUGUGCGGAUCUCAACUCAUUGCCCGAUUCAGGUGUAGUGGAAUACUUAAGCAACGGCAUAGUAGCUGACAACCACAAGGACUUCAAGGAGUUGCGUUACAACGAGUGUCUCAUGAACUUCAGUGGCAAUGGAAAAAACGGGGCUUCUGAAGGAAGAAUUACGCACGGCUUCCAACUCAAGAGCGCCUACGAAAACAACUUGAUGCCUUACACCAAUUACACUUUUGAUUUCAAAGGUGUGAUUGACUACAUUUUCUAUUCCAACACUCACAUGAACGUGCUUGGUGUCCUGGGGCCUUUGGACCCUCAGUGGCUGGUUGACAACAACAUCACUGGGUGUCCACACCCUCACAUCCCUUCAGACCACUUCUCACUGUUAACACAACUCGAACUCCAUCCUCCGCUCCUGCCUCUUGUCAACGGUGUGCACUUGCCUAACAGGAGGUAG